AUGGCACAAGCUCAAGGCGCACAGCCUGGUCAAAUCGAAAUCACAUCCCUCCCCGUUCCCCGCCUCCAAGAACUAAAAACCCAACUCGACGCCGAGCUCACCCACCUUUCAAACUCGUUCCAAUCGCUGCGCACUGCACAAUCCAAGUUCCGCGACUGCCUGACCUCCAUCUCAACGGGUCUCACGCCAUCUACCGUCUCGAAACCGCUUCUGGUUCCCUUGACAUCUUCAUUAUACGUACCGGGGAAACUUACGGACCACGAACAUGUGCUGGUGGAUGUAGGUACGGGUUUCUUCGUCGAGAAGGAUAUUGCUAGUGCAAAAGACUUCUAUGAGCGCAAGGUCAAGGAUCUGGGCGACAGCUUGAAGGACUUGGAGGGUGUUGUGCAGGGCAAGGCGCAGAAUGUCAGAGUUGUAGAGGAGGUUAUUAGGCUCAAGGUUAUGAACGCACAGGAGGGCAAGGGCGAGGAGCAAGGCAGCUGA